AUGAUCCAAAAGUUAACUCCCACACCUUUAACCUCACUUCGUGUCUCUCGUCACUUUAUUCCAGCGCACGGACUUAUCCCCAACACUAGCAUCCAAAACAAACCGCUAUUACACUAUCAUGAGGCUUUUCCUCCCUCAACACUUACCGCAUCUGCCAUAGAGUCACAUCUCACAUCAGUCGGUGUUGUGGAGCCUCAGUGGCGUUUUACAAUGUAUUCUACCACUCACUUCCACUCCACCACACACGAACUGUUGUGCGUUAGUAACGGAAAGGCGAAGCUCUGCUUCGGAGGCGAAGACAACUCCGACAAGGUGGAGAAAGAGGUUGAGAAGGGCGAUGUAUUGGUCGUGCCGGCCGGCGUCGGACAUAGGCUAUUAGAAGAUCUUACAGGUGGAUUUGAGAUGGUGGGUUCCUACUUGAAGGGCUAUAGCUGGGACAUGUGUUACGGCAAGAGGGACGAAGAGACCAAGGUACAGGGUAUUAAAAAUCUGCCAUGGUUCGAGAAAGAUCCGAUCUAUGGAGAUAAGGGACCCGUGCUUGAUAUCUAA